AUGGCUGCGGUCAUGGCGAAGCCCGCGGGGACGGCAACUAAGAUGAAAAAACCUCCUGCGCCUAUCGUGCAAACAAACUUGAACGGUGUCAAGCCCACAGCGCCGUCUUCCUCGCCUUCCAGUGCGCGGAAGACGCUUCCUGGACAGAGCACGACACCAACGUCCGCUGUCAGUAACGGCACAAUUACAAAUGGCGCUCCCCGUUCCAAUCGACGGGUGCAGCGCCUGACGACGAGAAAUAACACGGCUGAUGGAGGAUCUCUGGACAAGCGUGCUGCUAGGAAAUUUCCAGAGCCUUAUGUUCCCAAAGAAUCCCACAUUCUCCGCAAAUUCAAAGGUUGCGCGCCCUCCCUCAUCGUGCACCUUCAUCCUACGCGUUUCCGAUUCGACCAGCAGGAUGGUAGUUUCAGUUACCACUCCGAGAUGCGUGUCUUCCUUGAGCAUUUGGCUAGAGGCACGAUCCCACAUGACAUGGUAGAAGAGUUUCGGAAGUCCGAGGUAAAAUACUACGACGGAUGGCUCAUUGUCCGGGUGGUCGACCACAAGUCAGCCGCAAAGGACGCUGCGGCUUCCGGGGCCGCUGCAGACGACGAAAAGCCGUUCUCCAUCCACAACUAUAAUCAGUACAUUACACCCUCACCCUAUGCACCAUAUCCUUCCAAGGAACAAUCGGUCACAAAGUCCCCUUCUCUUAAACAAGAACAAGCCUCGAGUGAUGGUCGCGCACAUCCUGGCUCCGACGAUACAAUCGAUGUCGCACCAAAAUCAUCAAAACCGCAGCCGAGAGUCUAUCACGUUGCCCUGCGCCCAACGAUUCUGUCGCGACAUAUGGAUCUCGUGAUUGAUGCCAUGACGCCAGAUCCAAAGUCACUGAAUCGGAAACAAUCACAAGCAAACGUGAAUAGCCGAGCACCCGGUGGUGGCGUUCCACAGACCCCGAUAUCAGCCAUUCCGCCGACUCCUUCGAGUGAAAAAGGGCCGCCCUUCAAGAAGAUCAAGCUGAAGAUUGAUCCCAAGGAUAUGCUGGAAUACGAAGGCAGGGUGGUAAAUGCGACGGCUCCUCCUCUAUAUCUCGAACCUGUGGAGAGCCUGGAGGAAGCAGAAAGCCUGAUGACCCUGCUGAAGGAUCCUCUUCAUGACCAACGACCGCCAUCACCAAAGAGUCGGAAACGGACAGUCGCCGAACUGGCGGCAGAUGACGCGCAUGCCAAGGAACAAGAACGGUUCAUGCUCAUUAUGGAUGAGCGAACUGCAGGUACCAAUGGCGCUGCAAAUGCAGCUGGCGUGGAUGGCCAAGCAGCCGCGGCUCUCUUCCAGCCUCGCUUCGAGAAAUUCAAUGCUCUUGAUAGUAUUAAGCGUGAAAUCGCGGAGCGGAAGCAGCGCGAGAAAGACCGACAGCUACAAGAAGAUGAAAAUCGAAGAGGCCAGCAAGAACGGAUGCAGGAAGAGGAGAAGAAGCGCAUCAUGAUGCAACGUGCUCAGGAAGCCCGAAUGCUGCGGGCUCGUCAGCAAGAGAUGGCGGCUGCAAUGGCAGCACAGCAGGCCCAGCAGCAGCAGCAACAACAACAACUCCAGCAGCAGCAAUCGCAGCCUCAAGUUGUCCAGAGACCCUCCUCCCAACAAGUUAAUGGCAUACCUCCGAACAUGCAGAACCAAAUGAUAACCGGUCAGCAGCGGGGAUCACCCAUCAUUCGGCAGGGAACGCCACAUGCAGCCUCCUCGCCAAUUGUCACAAGCGCUGCUCAAGGCGGCGUGCCCAUGGCGAUAUCUAGUUCUCAACAAGGGCACGGAUCUCCGCCAAGACCCGGCUCAGCCGUACAGCAUGGCCACCCCAGCGCCCCUAUGACCCGGGCCCCCAGUACCCAAGGGCCAAGCCGUAAUGGCACUCCACAGAUCCCUCACGGUACUCCUGCGCAAAGGAACGCUACGCCAAUAAUGCGACAGAAUACUCCAGCACAGCCAGUUCCCCAUGGUAGCCCUCACGGAGCUACCCCACAAAUGGUAGCUGCGGGAAUGAUGCCAGGAAUGCAAGGGCAGAUGCCAAAUGGCGUGCCCAGGCAAAUGAAUCCUCAACAGUUGGCCGAGAUGCAACGACGACAUAACAUGCAGCAACAGGCUGCGGCACAAGCCCAGCAAGCAGCGAUGCAACACCAAAUGGUCAACGGAACACCGCAAAUGUCGCCUGCUCAGGUGGCGCACAUGCAGGCACAACAUCAUGCGCAGGUAGAUCGGCAAGCUGCACUGGCUCGCCAAGCCGCUCAACAACAGCAACAACAGCAGCAAGCCAUGCAGCAGCAGCAAGGGACACCCCAGAGCGCACACAUGUCCCCCAACCCUGCUCAAAGUCAGAAGGCCUACAAUCAAUCCGUCGCCGAGCAUGUCAAGGCUCAAAUGCAGAGCCUACAGCAAGCGCAAACUCACGGAUCUCCAGCACCAAAUCAUAUGACGCCUCAACAGCAAGCAGCCCAACUUGCCCAUGCUCAACAGCAGCAACGAAUGAUGCAAGCAGCGCAAGCGCAAGCGCAGGGACAGAUGAUGGGAACAGGCGUUCCCCACCCCCAACAACGACCCCAAGUGGAUCCUCAAUUGAAGCAGCUGUUCCAGCAAACACUGCAGAGCUAUACACAACGCUUCGCGCAACAAGCAGCCCAGAAAUAUGGCGGAAACGUGCAAAUGCUUCAACCGCAAGAAAUGCAUCACGUCCAAAUGCAAGCUCAGAGGUUUGCACAUGCAGCCAUCCAGAAGCGCCAGGCAGCAAUGAAUCAAAUGGCACAGAUGCAGCAAGCUCAGGUGCGGCAGCAGAUGGCGCAACAGGGUGGCGGCAUGCAAAAUGGAAUGAUGAACAUGCAGAAUAUGCAGAACAUGCAAGGAGGAGUCAAUCCGAACAUGGCGGCGGUGCUGCAACAGCAGCAGGCCCAGCAGAUGCAGCAGAUGCAGAUGCAACAGGCGCAGCAGAUUAUGGCGGCACAGCAACAACAGCAGCAGCAACAACAACAACAAAACAUGCAGUUCCAGCAAAGAUGA